CUCGGGGAUUCAGACCAGCAACCUUUCUGCUCUUAACCACUAGGCUACCUGCCACCCCAUGACCUCAGCAGUACUAGCGACAUUUCUGCUGAUGGAAUGCUGUGUGGUCUCAGAGCAGACACUUCCUCCUCUGUCUGAACUACAUCUCCAUUGAUAGAGGGCACAGAUAGAAAUAGAUAUCUCUCCCAAAGGACGAGCUAGUAGCUUUGUACCUGCUCUGGUUUUCCAGCUUUAAACCAUUUCUAUGUCGUAAGUGAGAGAGAGAAGGUACUACUUUCUAUAGUUUUUUUCCGAUUUUUCUCUCUCGGACGGUGGCCCAUCCUUGCAGUUCUCUGUGACUACUCACACCUCUCAGCCCUACUGGCAGAGUUGCUGUUAGGAGCCCCCUGCUCAUGCUGUACAUCCAUAUGGUGGCUCCAUAGAGACAGAAUAUGAAUACCUCAGUGGGUGUUAUUAUUUAACCUUUGACCUGGAUCUGGUCACUGUCAGGUCACAUGAGCAGUCAGAGCCCACCGCUGAAACUACUUUCAUUACUACUGGUUUUGGUCUAUUAAGCUGCUUAGUGCCCCAUUCAAAGUGGAAAGAGAUCCUGUGAAGAAGGAUCCCACUGUGGUGGGCAUAUAUGAAGGGCUAAAGCCCGAGAGGUUAGCCAGAGAAUGUUGGUAAAUUCUGUCACUCACACACACACACACACACACACACACACACACACACACUAAAAUACAAACGCACAUUUAUACACCACCAGUGCAGCUCAAAGGAAUGAUAGGCAUCCGUCUGUGAAUGCUGACCGGCCCAGAGACCCAAGGAGGGAGGGUCAGUGAGAAAGGGAGAGGGUGGGGAGCACUUCAAGGGAGCAGGGAGGGUAGGUCUUACGGAGACCGAAAGAGGGAGGGAGAGUGGGAGGAGUAUACCAAAAGAGGUAGAGGGGAAAGAAAGUCACACAGAGUUGCUGGCAAAGUAGACAGAGGUGUCCGGGAAAGAGAAGACCAGGGAACUUGGUUGAACAAGCUGUGGACCAGGUGUGCUCCUCCUCUGCCCAACACGGAGUGCCUAUUCCUGGGUAGAAAGAGCAAAAGAGGCCCCUCUGGGGCUGGAUCAUGGGACAGCGCCUUCCUCUGGAGACCCCAGCUCAGGACCAACACCAACACAUCCACCGUAGAGUUGAUGAAGUUGACCACCUGCACAACACGACGGAGGGAGAUGGGGACAGCACCCCUCUCCCAUGCAAGGGCAAGGGCAAGUUCUCUACCCUUGGCAAGAUCUUCAAACCAUGGAAGUGGAGGAAGAAGAAAAGCAGCGAGAAGUUUACGGAAACUUCAGAAGUUCUGGAGAGAAAGAUGUCGAUGAGGCGACCGAGGCAGGAGCUUAUAGAACAGGGAGUGCUGAAGGAGCUCUCAGAGAAUGAAGGGGACGAUCCUCACAGCCCCAAACAGUCCUACGUGAAGAAUGGCCACACCCUUCCCGUGGGUGGUGGUGGUGGAGGGGGCAGAGGGCAGGAGAACCAGACAAGACCCCCCUCAGACCUUGGGAUGAACCCCUCAGACUUUAAGAUGAACCCAGCCUGGCUGCCCCAGAUAGAGGACCGCAGGGUCCGAUUCCCCCCGGACGUAGACCGCCAUGGGGACCAGGGUGGCCCCGGAGGCUCUGGACAGCAGGAGGAGGGCCGGCGAGGAGGUGGAGGAGGACGGUCCCAGGGGGAGGGGGAAUGGAAGUCUAACAUGGCCUGGCAGGGGAUGGGACAGGAGGAGGGUAGACGCGGGGGCAGACUCCACCCUUCUGACGGAGACAAGCGGCCGGGCCUGCAGAAGGCGCCAUCAGAGGACGGUAGGAGGAGUCGCCCUGCUGAGACAGCAUGGAAACCCACCCUCCCCCGGCACGCGUCCACAGAGGAGGGAAGGGCCCGUAGAGAAUCAGAGAGCCAUUUUGUUCCUGACCCAGAUUUGCUGCGGGACACUCUCCGAGAGUCUCUGCCCCCCAAACAGUCCAUUAUGCCCCCCAAGUGGCUGAUGAGCUCCACCCCCGAACCCGGCAGCGAAGGGUCACCCUCAUCCCACACCCCAUCCAACCACCCUGCAACAACGUACUCUUCCUCCUCUUCUUCCUCUGCAGUUGCAAUGCCUGCCCGAACUGUCUCCUCUGCAGGCGCCAACCCCCAAUCUUCAGCAGUAGUGUCCUUCGCUCCAUCCUCCACCCCCCAGGCGACCAAGCAGCCUCCCCUCCCACUGCCCAAGCCCGUCAACAGGGGCGUUAAUACUGCCAUGUUGGGCAACCUCACCCAGGCCGGUACCAGCCUUGUGCCAACUAAGCCCUCCCCACCUAUGCCCCCCAAGAGGACCACCCCUGUCACAAAGCGCAACCCGGAGGACCCGUCUGCGUCCACCCAGUCUGUCUCCACCCCCUCCCCUUCCCUGCUUUCUCCUGAGGACCAUCAUAACCACUCAGCGGGCUUCCAGAUGCCUCCCCCGUCCCCGCCCUUACCCAACCACAUCCCCCUUCUCCCCCCGCCAGCACUGCAAGCGCACUACCUCCACCACCAGCACUCCUACCAACAUCCCAUCCCCCAGCCCUUGCUCUUUGACCCCCCCAGCCCCACCAGUGAGCCCCCCCAGCGGCCGGCCCCCGUCCCCCUGCACAUCAUGAUCCAGAGGGCCCUUUCCAGCCCCGGCCCGGCCCAGCCGCAUCCCGACGGCUCCCAGCGCUCAGCUCACUCCCUGCUCUUCGAGACACCGCCGGAGUACCAGGGGGACCGCAGCCGGCCCCUAGCCGUCAGCAUCCAGCCUCUGAAACUGGCUGAGGAUGACUACUCGGAGGAGGAUGAGGAUGAUGAUGAUGAUGAAGAAGUGGAGGAGUAUGAUGGGGAGCUCCCCCUGCCAGAGCUGGAGCCACGGAGCAGGAGGUGCAUGGUGGGAGAGCCCAGCAUCAACGUCAUCCCUGAGGGACCCAACAGCAGUGAGGAGGAGGAGGAGGAAGAACUGCAGGACUUGCAAAGGGACGACAGCGACUCGGACGGGCCAGUGCUCUAUAAAGAUGAAGAUUCAGACGAGGAUGAGCCUCCACCCAGUGCUUUGGCCAGCAGGGUCAGAAGGAAAGACACUUUAGCUUUGAAACUGAGUAACCGACACGCCCCAGAGAAACAUGCUCGAGAGGACAAGUCCAGCGGUCACACCGAACGAUGCACUCCGGGACACACACCAGGACACACACACCAAGGGUCAACAGGGCUGACGUGGCAGAGCAGGGAGCAAUGGGAGGCCAUACGCACACAAAUAGGCUCUGCACUCACAAGGCGUCUCAGCCAGAGACCCAGUGCAGAGGAGCUGGAGCAGAGAAACAUCCUUCAACCCAAGAACCAGGUAGACAGGCAGGCAGAGGUCCGAGAGAUCAAACGUAGGCUCACCAGGAAGCUGAGUCAGAGGCCCACGGUUGCUGAGCUUCAGGCCAGAAAGAUCUUGCGCUUCCACGAGUAUGUCGAGGUCACCACAGCCAAUGAUUAUGAUCGGCGAGCGGACAAGCCCUGGACCAAGCUAACACCCGCCGACAAGGCUGCCAUUCGGAAGGAGCUCAAUGACUUUAAGAGUUCUGAAAUGGAGGUUCAUGAAGACAGUAGGAUCUAUACAAGGUUCCACCGGCCUUAGCAUCCACCCCAUACUGGAAAGCACUUUCUUAACCAGUGGCCAGCAGAGUCUCUGGAGAGGAGUCGUAGGGUCUUGGUGCUCCCUAAACAGACUGCCUUUUUAUGUUGCUGAAUGUACUGUACAGAUCAUCGAGGAAGGCCCUGGAAUUGACUGAACUGAAAACGGGGACUGAGGACCAGAUGCAGUAUUUCUCCCGGACAGUAGGGGGAACCAACUGCCAACAAAGUGGAGAGCUGGCAGAUGGGCUUGACCGAGAGGGCUGACUGGGAGCCACUCUGCCGAUUUGUGUUAUCCCUCAGGGACUUGGUUCCACUGACAACGACCUUUUGCCGCCUCUUUCGAUGUUGCCUUUUUUUCUGCUUUUACUCUGUAUGGCACAGUUAACCUAUGUUGCAGAGAUGUAAAUGUAAGAACAUUACAGUCAUAAUAAUGACGGCUACAAUAAUAAACACAGUAAUAAUACAUAUUAGAAAGGAAGCUGCAGAAAGAGGAUGAGGAGGAAGAGGACUGUGGGAUUUGCCGUUCCCAAGACUGGAAAAGCUCUGGGAUAAUUGUGUAUAGAUUUCUGUGAUUGGUUAGACUGAAACUUUGGAGAGUUCUACUAAUGACAACUGUAAUGAAUAAUAUUUUGAUCACAACAUAAAUUACUGCUUUUAUUUGAA